AUGUCUCCAAUAGUUUAUCGAAUAGCAAUUGGAAAAGGCAUAGAUGAGAUCUUUGUGACUCAUUUUGUUCAGAAUUUCUGUUGGCUCCUUAAAACAUUAGACUUCUGCCAGACUGCUACGUUUAAGCUUUCUGCUAUUGCAUAUAUACUCGUUGGCCUAAAAAUGCAGGAUGAUUCUCUUCAGAUUAAGAUACUAAAGAAAUAUGAUAAACGUACUGAUGCUCUUAUUCACUUGGCUGUCAUCCAAAAGGUGCUAGAGGAACCAUUUUUCAAAUCUGAUGUACUGAAUAAGCUAGUGAAGGAGUGUAAGACCAUGCUUAGUAGCCUUCUGUCCCAAAAUGAGCCAUCGAAAGCACCAGAAGGAGAAGGAAGUAGUGGAGGAGGAGGGGAAAGAAGUAGCGGAGUCAAAGAUGCAGAAGAAUUAGUGGAGAUGGAUAACAUGGGAAGUAUGUACUUGAAGGUUACAAAAUCAGCACUGAAAGUCUUGCAGGAAAUGAGAAGUGGAAGUUCAACUGUCAGCUUGUUCUCUUUAACGCCAAUGCAUAAGGUCUAA